AUGCCACGGCGGGAAAGUAAACCAAAAAAGAUUGACAGCUUUAGUCGGUGUAAACAUAUCCGGAUCAGAAAGGCUGUCACUACUUGUCCUCGGCAAAUGAAAAAACCUAGAUGUUUCAAGCAUGUACAGACGCUGCCAACCAAGUACAUGGCAAACAAGAAGGCCUGGAUGUCGGCAAAUCUCUUUAAGACAUUGGUUAAGACACUUGAUGACCGUAUGGACAGAUGUGGCCGAAAAAUCGCUCUUGUCAUUGACAACUGUCCUGCUCAUCCAGAAAUAAGCAGUUUGAAGGCGAUCAAACUUGUGUUCCUGCCUCCAAGAACCACAAGUGUCACGCAGCCAAUGGUCCAAGGGGUCAUCAAGAACUUGAAAGUUCACUACAGACGCCAAGUUCUCUCCAAAAAAAUCAAAGCAAUCGGUAAGACUGAGUUUGCCAUCAAUGUGUUGGACGCCCUCCGUAUGAUGCGACGUGCAUGGUCACAAAUCAAACCGUCAACCAUAGCUAAUUGCUACUGA